GUAUGUUGGUAUAUGCAGGUAUACGUACUGCUGUCGCUGUCGUUGCCACUACCGUUGUCAAUGAAUCUAUCUGCUCCGUUUGACUUUAUCCAACGAAAAUUGAACAUUUCUAAUGAUCUUGAACGAAUAGCUUUGCAUCUCUAUGAUGUUAUGUGAGCCAUCGAAAUGACUGGAUUAAUUGUCUUCGUUACAGUUUGCUUCGUACUCUAUUGCAGUUUCACCUGGAUAAUACCGAGACUCUUGGCAUGGCUGGUGAAGAGGAGAUACAAAAUUUAUUUACGGGUCGGCCACAUUUCGUUACCUUAUUUUAUACUUCGGGACGUAAACGUUUCGAAAAAUGGAUUCACAUUGGAAGUGGAGGAAAUAAGUAUACGGAGCAGUCUGUUCAGUAGCGAUGUAGCAAAACUCUUAGCUGUGAUAAUGAAAGAUGUACGUAUAAACAAGGAUGUACCAACAAAGACGCUGUGCUUGCCAAAGAAACCGGCGCAUCCGUUGGAUUUUCGAAAUAAAAAGAUUCCUCCGAUAAUCAUAACAUUUGUACAGUUUAUGGCGGUACAUAUAGAGAAUUUAAGUCUUUUAGUGUUGGGUAACGGCUGGCUCGCAAACGGUAGUGCUGAGAGCCUGAGUCUGGACGGUAGCGUCGUACAUGGAGCUCGUACCCUCCUCGGCUCCGCCAGCGUCGUGGGCGGUGCGAUGAAAUUAUUGCGACACUCGUCCGACGCCUGUCUCUCGCAGAUAUCGUUUGCGGGUACGGCAGAAGCUACAUUGAGAGCGCAAGGGGACCUUUCGGUGGAGAAAAUGUACAUCGGAAUAAUGCAGACAGAGGGUUCCGGUGGUGCGGAUCUGGUUACCUUCUUCAAAGAUAAAAGCUCGUUUACCGACGCGUCUUCGUACUCGAGCGCGAACGUUGACUCUUCCAAUGAUUUGUUGACUCGAUUAGCGCCACUCAUUCCAAAAGAUUUCAUGUUGAAAAUAGGCCCUUCUUCUGUGAUCAUGGGCAAAGAAGAUGGCAUGGUACUUGGUUUAGAAGGUACGAUGAAGGGUCUUCAAAUAAACACGAAAUUCCAGCCUUGCAACUUUCAAUUAAAUCUUACUUUAAAUUUGGAUGGACUUUCCGUCCGUAGCAAGCUUCCCAUUUUGACGCUGCGAUCGUUAUUAAUCAAUUCAAAGGUCGAUCGAAAUAUUUUACAAAUUGCCACGCAAAUACACAACCUCUCGAUUAGUUAUGAUCACAAAGAUUGGGAGACGAUUUUGUGCAAUACCGAUCACGAAAUUUCAAGGCCGGUCACCGGCAUAACUUUACAAAAUAAAUUACCGUGGUCAGAUGUCAGAGUAAACACCGAGCUUUACGAUUCGUCCGUACACGUCAAAUUGAUCGACGUUGACGAAGUCUCGUGCGGAGUGACUCAUGUGAAGUAUUCACUGAAUACGCUUACAGACACGACAGACGGUUGGAAUACGGAAUUGGUAGUGGAGUCUUUAUAUUGUACUUUAAACGGUUCCAGUACCGUCGCUUCGGAAACGUCCCAUCAAUGGGGUACACCGUUAUCCAUCGGGGUACUGUUGGCUACAACGCGUACUAAUGCCAUUGGAAUAGCUGUCGAUGCUCUCGUUGCCGAAUGGAGUUUAGAAUUUGCCAGAUUUCUUGAAGAAGCAUUCAAAUGUUGUCAAAAGAGCAAAAAAAUUGAACCAGCAAAGAAUAAUAAUCAUCGCGAUUCGGAGGAUGUUAUCCAGUUGAAUCUGAACGUUACGAAUUGUAAUUUGUUUUUCAUUGCGGAGAAUAAUCUUUCCAUAAUGACCCGUUUGGAUACAGCGAGUUUCGAACACAAUGCGAAACGAUUGGUAGCCGUCGCCGAGGGUGUCAGCGCGAUUACUUUGAACAAAAAUGAGCCAAUUAUUUGUCAACACGCUCAAGCAUUAGCCCAUCCGUUCCUGGCUGUAAGAAAAUGCAAGGGUGCCGUCACAUCGGAAACAAUUAAUAUUAGUUUGGACGGUACCAAUCUGGCCUGGAGUCCGAAUUUGCAUCUACGACUUUUACAGCUUUGGCUAGAGUCUGCAGAUUUUCGGACGAUUUUAGGUCGAAACGACGCAACGGCGACCAAGGUCAACGUCGAAGGUGAAAAAGUUUCGAAGCGGAAGCGAGCGUUAGACGUGCUGGCUACCGGAGGCAUCAGUUUGUCCAUAGAUAUUUCUCCGAAACACUUUUUGGAACUGUCGUCGGACCAGUUGCGUUGGUCGGAGGGAGAGUGGAGAUUGAAUUACAUCCGCAUCGCUUUAGACAUGGCCGACAUAAUCAUGGUAGAAGGUUUCCAGCUGAUCAGAGUAUUGGAGAGCGAAGAAGUGAGCGCAGAAAGACAGAGCAACGAGGGUUUCGUAUUAGACUGGAACGAGACGUGGGAACUUAACAUUGAAUCGGUAAAGGCUUGUUUCCCGUACGAACAUCAGUUUACGGAUGCUAUACAAAAUGAACUGUUCAGUAUAAGGAAGUGGUUAAAGGAAAUUCAUUCUUCGUCGAAUAAAAGAAAAGAGGAAACGUUACCAUGUGAUUUAAUUAUAAAGAUCAAAGAAUGGGUAUUCGAAGUGAGCGACGACCCAUUCGAGGUACGAUUGCGAGACAAUUACGAGCUUUUGGAGGACGAGUAUAAGGAGAGCAUGAAACGGCAAUCGAUGCUCGAUGCCAAAGUGCAAGAGCUUUGUCGGACUCAUUUAUUGCUGCCGCUAGGUAAGGUCGAAGAACUAUACGACAGUCUGAAUAAGAAGAACGCGGAGAUCUACGUGCAACGAUGGAAGCAAAUGCAGCGCGCCGGUCCCGCCAGGACGAGGUUGUUUGCCUGGUCGAUGUUGGACCUGGAGAUCUUAGCGUUGGCCGAUCCAUCGAUCAAUGGUACCGAAAGAGCGACGCACGCGUUGCGGGAGAUGGACGCGGAGACGCCCUGGCCCGAGGAUGGCCUUGAAUUCAGCGCACUUUGGGUUCGCGGAAUAAGCUUGAAAUGCGCUGAAUGGAAGCUACAUUUGAGGGACUUUCCGCAACCGUUGCUACUGGUCGAGAGCUUGAGCGUGUGGGGUAGGCUAGCUGGCGCUGAGGCGCUUGCACCUCCAAGAGCCAGACGUACCGUGCGGAUCGAAAUUGGUGCACCCUGGAACGACAUCGUUGUCGAGAGGGGAAUGACAUCGCUAAAAUACUACCACGACCUGAACUGGGACAUCGACAAGUUCAGAUACGCGUUCGGCCCGUGCUGGGAGCCGGUGAUAGCCCAGUGCAAUCUCAGUUUCGAGAAGAUUAUACACCCGUCGCGGGAUCCGAGUCCCCCGCUACCCUUCUGGGACAAGAUGCGGUUAACCCUUCAUGGAAGGCUGACGCUCUGCGUGAAGCAGCUGACGGUGUUAUUGCAUGGCUCUUUGGACCCUUACAACACCACAGAAGAAAUGGAGCUGACGUGGACGGGAUUAGCACUGGACUGGACACAGGGGCGAAUUAUCGUGAAAGGAGACUUGGACGUGUACGUUCGCACGGCCAGCAAGUACGAUGACUGCAGGUUGCUGCAUCUGCCGAACGUGCGGCUGAGCAUUAAGUUAGCCUGGGUCUGCUUAGGCGAUCCGAGAGAUCACCAUGCUGCGAUUCCUUGCGCACCAGACAGACUGCCCGAGUACUCGAGCAACCAGGAGCACGAUUCGUUCAGGGCAUUCCGUUCACAGAACUUGAACGCGAGCCUGUCCCUCGAGACGAAGCCGACCGGCUCUCCGACCUUGAGCAGCGCGCCUACCGCGUUGCUUUACGGCAGUACACUCAGAUGGUUCGAGAAUUUAAAGUUAAUUCUCUCCGGGGCGACCAGGCCGACGAGGAAAGGGCCGCUGUUCAAGAAUAUCCGACCGAGGAAAAAACAACUCAGUCGACACUACCGUAAGGUUCGGUUGACCUUGGCGUUCCACCGGUUUCACGUUAGCUAUUGGAUGUCGUUCGCGAUGCAACGUGGGUUCGAGGUGACCGGCGGCAGGGUAGCCUGUAGCUCCGAGCACAAUUUGUCUCUGCACCCGAUCGACGAUGAUCUGAUACACCGACCGCGAGCCGAGUGGUCCGUUGUCUAUAUGAAUUGCGAGCUCAGCGACGCGGAGAUCUGGCUGAAGAGCGCCCUUCAGGAGGACAAGGAGACCGCGUCGCUGCGACAACCGGUGGAAAAAUGUUACUGUCUGAGCGUGGCUCGGGUUAGCUAUGGCAGGGAAGCUAUGGUCACCGGCGUGAGUGGUGGCGACACACCUACCCAUCGGCUGGUCGUGCACGAUCUGAAAGGCGCUUGGACGAAAACGAACAGGGACGUGGCGUUCGCUCUUUUCGACUCGUUCAUUAAGACUCAACAGCUGAAGAAGAACCUGUCAACCGCUGCGUUGAAGGGCUUCCAUAGAGAGAGCUCGUCGACUCCGCACAAAAAUCGAACAGCAGCCGUCAGGUCUGCUGAUCCGCAAGCUACUCAAUUGCCAAAUGCUGCGAUCGCGUGCAAUUCUUCAUCGACAAGCAAACCACAACAAGGAGAGGCCGUUGGGAUGCUGCAAAGGCUGAUAGCGGAGGCCGCGAACAAGCCUGUCGCCUUCAGCGACGACCUUUCUGUCCAAACCAGAGGCCAGCAGCUCCGUGGGCUGGCAGCUUGCCAUCAAGACGACGUUCUCCACAAGAAUUGGCUGAUUGCCCUGGUCAACAGUCAAGUGUUACUGAAAGGCAUCGAGACGCGGGGCUACGUGAUCUUAUCUGCGGCCAAAGCUGAGAUAUUGCACAGGAUACAUCAACCAGUAUGGAAGGAAAGAACCCUAGUUACGAAAACGACCUGGGUUGGCUCUUUGGAGUGUAUGCAGUAUUAUGCGACCGUCAGUGCCAACAUCGACGACAAUAUCGACGAUAAUAUAAUGUGGUUAACGUUGGACAACAUUCAGGAAAAAGAUUCAACUGUGAUUGCUGGUUUGCCAGACGUACCAGCCUUGGUAGGUUCCGGGCAGAGUGUCGGUGGAGUGGUCAGUCAGACCGUGGGUGGCGGUGGUGGACCGCAACACCAACUACAACGGAUUGUCUCUAGGUGCAAAUGUGAAUUCUUCUAUGUCGGAUACGGUCAGGCCCUGGACGUUGGAUCCGUUGACCAAGUCCCGCCGCCGCCGAGGGAAGAAGUCAGCCCCUGGGAAAGGAAAGAGCUUUCGGCAGCCGACGCGUUCACCUUGAUGCAUCAUGACUUGGACGUUUGCACUAACUCUCUGCAGUAUGCUAUGAUUCUUGAUAUCGUAAACAAUUUGCUGCUUUACGUCGAACCGAGGAGAAAAGAAGCUUCGGAACGGUUGCAGAGAAUGAGGUUUCAGUUGCAGCUGCACUCGGUCGAAGACCAAAAGCGACCGAUUCAACAAUUGCAAAACACCGUGCGCGGUCUGGUAGCCAAAUUGAGGAGAUUGGAACGCGAGACGUAUCUGGUACAGAAAGCUCUAGCAGAGAAAUCCAGUCCCGAGUUGCUCGCCGAGAUGGAACGAUUGGAGGCCAGAGUCUUCGAGUGCAAGGAACAGCUGGCUGCUAAAGCGGAGGAACUCGAUGUGAUGUUCAGCUGUUACAAGGAAACCACCGCACCUGCUACAGCUUCCACCACUUUGAAGGAUAAACCGGCAGCAGUCGCAAGGGUUGCCGAAAUCUGCUUCAAACACGCUCAGUGGAGAUUGACGGACGCUGAUGGACAAUUGGGAAUAGCCGACCUUAUCUUAACUAAUUUCUUGUACACCAAAACCAGCAAAACGGACGACUCGGUCGAGCAUCUGCUUGAACUGGGAUACGUCCGAAUGACAAAUUUAUUGCCAAAUCAGGUUUACACAGAAGUUUUGACGCCAACAGAAUUGCAAAGCAACAUGCCCGUUGAUAGGCAAAGAGCUCUCAGAGUUUUCUGCAGGGAGAAGGCACCGGUGGCCGGGAUAUCCGUCAAAGAACAUUUCGAAAUCAACGUGGUUCCUCUGACGAUAGGAUUGACAAAAAAGUUUUUCAAUACUAUGCUGAAGUUCUGUUUCCCCGAGAGGGAUCCAGAAGGAAUAGAAGAAUCACCUGCUCCACAACGAGAUUCCUCAUUUUACGUGCCCAUUGAAAGAAGAGACGACGUGGAAAAAAUGAAGGAGAGAGCAGACAAAAACAAACUGUUUAUAUACAUAAAAAUACCAGAAGUACCAGUUCGUGUAUCUUAUAAGGGUAACAAGGAGAAAAAUUUGGAAGAUGUCCGUGAUUUUGCACUUGUAAUACCUACGUUGGAGUACCAUAAUGUCACUUGGACGUGGCUGGAUCUUUUAUUGGCUAUGAAAAGUGAUUCUAGACGCGUAAUAUUGAGUCAAGCCAUCAAGCAGAAGCUACAAAUCAAGCCACGAGGUCCACAAGAAGAAUCUGCCCCACAAGAGGAAGAUAAAGCUCGACUUUUGUUGGGUGCUAGACACUUGCCUGGAGACGCGAGAAAGAAGGGCGUAUUUAAAUUUAAAUAGGUCUUCAGUUUGGAUCUUGUCAAAGACAAUUAAAUCGAAAAGAAAUGGAACGAUAGGAAACAGAGUAUAUUAAGUAUUUUCAAACGGUGCUCGCAAACUUUUCUAUUUAUUUUAUUUACUCUGUACAAUAAUAAAAUCGAACCUCGACCAUAAAAAAUAUCAUCGGUUUCGCUUUGUAUCAAAUUCCGUUUUGAUAAAUCGAUUACACCGUAAUCAUAUUACAGAUAGAAUGCUUGAAAAUGUCUUGUUUACGCACUUGUACAUACAAUAUACAUAUUACUAUACGUCUACUAUUUAAUAUUCGAAGACAGGGCUGAUAGAUUCAGUUGGAUCUAUUUUAAUAAGUGAAAACAUUAAAUUAUUAUUAUAUACAAUGAAUCGUAA